UCGAACGUGUCAGCAUGCUGGUGAUCCUGCUGAACUGCGUCACGCUGGGCAUGUACAGGCCGUGCAUCGACGACCCCUGCACCACCAACCGCUGCAAGAUACUGCAGAUAUUCGACGAUUUUAUAUUCGCCUUCUUCGCGCUGGAGAUGUCUGUGAAGAUGAUUGCGAUGGGGGCCUAUGGGAAGGGGACGUACCUCGCCGAUGCCUGGAACUGGCUGGACUUUUUCAUCGUCAUCGCUGGGGCACUGGAGUACUGCCUCAACGUGGAGAACAUGAACCUGUCCGCCAUCCGAACCAUCCGCGUGCUGAGACCUCUGCGCGCCAUCAACAGGAUACCAAGCAUGCGCAUCCUGGUGAUGCUGCUGCUGGACACGCUGCCGAUGCUGGGGAACGUGCUGCUGCUGUGCUUCUUCGUCUUCUUCAUCUUCGGCAUCGUGGGCGUGCAGCUGUGGCAGGGCAUCCUGCGCCAGCGCUGCUUCCCCAAGACUCCGCCGAACGUCACGCUGCCCAAGGCUGUGGCGCAGUACUACCACAGCGUGGACCAGGAGCGCGACUACAUCUGCUCGACGCCCAAGGACUCGGGCAUGCACCUCUGCCGGGACCUGCCGCCGCUCGUGCUCGACUCCGGACUCGUCUGCAACGCGACGGCGCUGCCCAACAGCCCCAACGAGCCCACCAACGCCUCCUGCGUCAACUGGAACCAGUACUACACCGAGUGCCUGCCCUCGCCCUACAACCCCUUCCAGGGCACCAUCUCCUUCGACAACAUCGGCCUCGCCUGGGUCGCCAUCUUCCUCGUCAUCAGUCUUGAAGGCUGGACGGAUAUUAUGUAUUAUGUACAGGAUGCCCAUUCGUUUUGGGACUGGAUAUAUUUCGUCUUGCUCAUUGUGAUCGGAUCGUUCUUCAUGAUCAACCUGUGCCUCGUCGUCAUCGCGACGCAGUUCUCGGAAACGAAGAAGCGCGAGAUGGAGCGCAUGCGCCUGGAGCGGGAGCGCUUCCGUUCCAGCAGCACGCUCGCCUCCAGCACCAACAACUCCGAGCCCACCUCCUGCUACGCAGAGAUCGUCAAGUACGUGGCGCACCUGUGGCGGCGCGGCAAGCGGCGUCUGAUGAAGAAGUGGCGCGUUUGGCGCUACCGCCGGCAACAGCGCCGCCAGGCCAAGGCGGGCGCCAUCUCCCUGCAGCACUGCGGCAACAACGGCGCCGGCAUGGUGCGAGCCCACGCGCACCACCACCACCACCACCACCACCACCACAGGCACGGGCACGGGCACGGCCACCACCACAGCAACCACCACCACGGGCACCGCGGUCACCACGCGACGCCGGGGCUGCUGUCGCCGCCGGGCGGCCCUCGGCGGCGCUCCAGCGUCAUGUUCAGCGAGGUGGUGCUGCUGCACGGAGGCGCCGGCGCCGGCCCCGGGGGCACCGGCGACGGCAACGUCUGGACGCCCGCCGCGCCGCAGCCGCCGCCGCUGCGACAGUGCCCGCUGUCGGAGAGCGCGUGCGGCGCCGCGUCCGAGGCGAUGACGUGCCAGGAGCUGCUGGCGCUGUCCGGCGCGCUCAGCGCCGCCCUGCCCACGGGACAACUCGCGCUCGACUCCUUCUUCUCGUCGCUCAGCAAGGGACCAGGAGGUGGCGAGCCGCUGUGCUGCCAGGAGGCGGGGUGCUGGGAGCUGGAGCUGGAGUCUGGGCUGUCGGAAGGCGCGUGCUGCGCCGAGCAGCCGUGGGCGGCCAUGCUGGAGGACAAGGCGGCGGUGGCGCGCUGGAGGCACGCCCUCGCCUGCUGCACCGGCUGCCUGCGCUGGGUGCGCCGCGGCGUGCGAUCCCUAGUCACGCACAAGUACUUCCAGCAAGGCAUCCUCUUCGCCAUCCUCAUCAACACGCUCAGCAUGGGCAUCGAGUACCACGACCAGCCCGAAGAACUGACCGUGACGGUGGAGAUCAGUAACAUCGUGUUCUCCGCCAUUUUCGCCGUCGAGAUGAUGCUCAAGAUAAUCGCCGAAGGGCCGUUCGGCUACAUCAGCAACGGCUUCAACGUCUUCGACGGAGUAAUCGUAGUACUCAGUGUGAUCGAGAUGUGCCAGACAUACCUGGGAGAGGGCGAGGGCAGCUCUGGACUGAGUGUGCUGCGCACCUUCCGGCUGCUGCGCAUUCUCAAGCUGGUGCGCUUCAUGCCCAACCUUCGCCGCCAGCUGUUCGUCAUGUUGCGCACCAUGGACAACGUCGCCGUCUUCUUCUCGCUGCUCAUCCUCUUCAUCUUCAUCUUCAGUAUCUUAGGAAUGUACCUGUUUGGUGGUAAGUUUUGCAUGCUCUCAGACGGAUCCAGAAGAUGUACUUGUCACGAAAUCAUCACGAGGCACCCGAACUGUGUCUGUGAUAGGAAACACUUUAACAAUAUUCUCUGGGCAACAGUCACAGUUUUCCAGAUCCUGACGCAGGAAGAUUGGAACGUGGUGUUGUUCAACGGCAUGGAGAAGACGACGCACUGGGCAGCCCUGUACUUCGUGGCUCUUAUGACGUUCGGCAACUACGUGCUCUUCAACCUGCUGGUCGCCAUCCUUGUAGAAGGCUUCUCCGCAGAGCGCAACGAACGGCGGGAGCGCGAGCAGCGAGAGCUGGCCAAGCAGCAGCAGCUGAAGAACGAGCAGAUGCACCGCGAGGCGCAGCUGGCCGCCUCCAGCUACGAGUGCUCGCGCACCGACUCCAGCUCAGACACCACAGACUCCUACUUCGCCACGCAAGGCAUGACGAACGAGUGGCGCAGCGCGGAGGAGCUGAGGAAGUCGAAGCACAACGGCCACCGCGAGAAGGAGAACAGCUGCCACCGGCGCCGACACCUGCUGCACGACUGCGAGCCCAAGUGCAACAUCCAGAAAGAGAGCAAGAUGCUGUCGCAGCCGCCCAUCAUCACGCACACGGCGGCGACGCCCCAGGACUCGCCCAACACGACGAUGGACCCGGGGAUGCGCGACUGCCGUCUGGCGCCGGUGCUCGCCCUGCACGGCUCCUCCAUGUCGCUCGAGUCCAUCGAUCGCUCCCUGACAUCCGAGCAAAGUGUGCCUGGCCUGCUAAAGCCACCCAACACCAAGUUCAGCGGCAACGGCGCCAGCGGUCCCGGCGGCAGCAGCUACAACAACCACGGCAACAACCACAACAACAACAACGGCCACCAGCUGCAUCAGGGCCGGCGCGUCAGCUUGGUGGCCAUUGUCAGCUCACGGCGGGAGUCAACGGCUUCCAGCACCAGUGGGAGCCGCGGCUGCCCCUGGAAGCUGUCCCGGCCGUCGCUGCGGAGGAGGGCGUCGCGACGCUCCUCGGACGCCGACGACGCGUCCGCCGAAGCAGACGCCGACGCCGCGCCGCCCAUCCUCAACAAUGGCCUCAACAACCACAACCACCUGGCCAGCCCCACUGACAGGACGAGCCAUCGGAGCUGCAGCCAGUGCGGGGAGCACGCGCACGCUCACUGCAACGGCGGGCUGGUGGGCAGCAUCCGCAACGACACGGGCGGCGGGGGCGGCGGCGGCGGCGGGGGCGGCGGCGGCGGCGGCAACGGAGCGAGCCGCCAGCUCAGCCCGCAGGGCUCGCUGCGGGGACACGCCUCCUACUGCCCGCUGCCGCAGGUGUCGACGCCGGCUGGAGUGUCGAGGCACGGCUCGCUGGUGUCGUCGCCUGGGUCGGUGACGUCGGCGACGUCGGCGGCGGCGUCGGCAGCUGGUGCGGCGUCGUGCCACAAGCCGCUGUCCCCGCAGGCGUCGCUCGUCUCCUGCAGGGCGGACGACGAGCUGCCGCAGCCCAAGUGCGUCAACGCCCUCGUCGCCAGAGGAAUGGCCGAGGGCUCGCCACUGCCUCGCGUGGGAGCUGCGGCCGUGCCGGACGACAGCGGCGGAGCCGGGGGCGGAAACGGCGGCGGGGGCGGCAGUCGGGCGUCGCCCCACGGCUCGCUCAGCUCGGGCUCCGCCGAAGGCGCAACACCCACACCGCCGGAGGCCAUCAAGAAAAUCUUCAUGUUCUUCGAGCCCCGCGGCUGCCUGAAAGAGCGCGACGACUAUUCGCUCUACAUGUUCCCUCCGCGCAACAGAUUCCGGUUGCUCUGUUGCUGGUUCGUGGAGCAGAAGUGGUUUGACAACGUGGUGUUGCUCUUCAUUGGGCUCAACUGCAUCACGCUGGCCAUGGAGCGGCCCAACAUCCCUCCAGAUAGUCCAGAGCGUUUGUUCCUCUCCACUGCCAACUAUGUGUUCACCGCCGUCUUUGCUAUUGAAAUGUUCGUCAAGGUUAUUGCUACAGGUAUGAUUUAUGGCCGAGAUGCGUACUUCACGUCUGGUUGGAACAUUAUGGAUGGUUCACUUGUUAUAAUAUCAAUCAUAGAUCUAUUGAUGUCACUCGUCUCUGAAUCCAGCCCUCGCAUCUUUGGCAUCCUCCGUGUUUUUCGGCUGCUGCGUUCCCUUCGCCCGUUGCGUGUUAUCAACCGUGCCCCAGGACUUAAACUUGUUGUACAAACACUUUUGUCUUCACUACGUCCCAUUGGAAAUAUCGUGCUUAUAUGCUGCACAUUCUUCAUUAUUUUUGGUAUUUUAGGAGUGCAGUUAUUUAAAGGUACAUUUUACUACUGUGAGGGGGCAGAUAUAAAGAAUGUUCGCAACAAAACAGACUGCCUGAAGGACAAAAACAAUAGAUGGGUUAACCGUAAAUACAAUUUUGAUGACUUGGGAAAGGCACUCAUGUCUCUGUUUGUCCUCUCAUCAAGAGAUGGAUGGGUAAACAUCAUGUACACUGGUCUUGAUGCUGUGGGAGUAGAUCAACAACCAAUUGAAAACUAUUCAGAAUGGCGACUACUCUAUUUCAUCGCAUUUAUCUUGCUUGUUGGGUUCUUUGUCCUUAACAUGUUUGUUGGUGUUGUGGUGGAAAACUUCCAUAGAUGUAGAGAAGAGCAAGAGAAAGAAGAGCGUGUUAGGAGAGCAGCUAAAAGAGCGAAACAAAUGGAGAAGAAAAGGAGAAAGAUGCAUGAGCCGCCAUAUUACACUAACUACACACAUUCACGGCUGAUGAUUCACAAUGUUGUGACAUCUAAAUAUUUUGACUUGGCUAUUGCUGCAGUAAUUGGCCUGAAUGUGGUAACUAUGGCUUUGGAAUUCUACAAGAUGCCUAAGCCUUUGGAGUAUGCAUUAAAAAUUUUCAAUUAUUUCUUCACGGCUGUGUUCAUUUUGGAAGCUGUUAUGAAACUUGUAGCUCUGGGUUUCCUAUUGUAUUUUAAAGAUAGGUGGAAUCAGCUGGAUGUUAUUAUAGUAAUAUUAUCUAUUGUUGGAAUUGUGCUAGAAGAAGUUGAAUCAAAAUUUAUUCCUAUAAAUCCAACAAUUAUAAGAGUUAUGAGGGUCCUCAGGAUAGCAAGAGUGCUCAAACUGCUAAAGAUGGCUAAAGGAAUACGGGCCUUGCUAGACACAGUAAUGCAGGCUCUACCACAGGUUGGGAACCUAGGGCUGUUAUUUUUCUUGCUGUUCUUCAUUUUUGCAGCACUUGGUGUUGAGUUAUUUGGGCGCCUAGAAUGCAGUGAAAAGAGACCGUGCCAGGGACUGGGUGAACAUGCGCACUUUAGUAACUUCGGCAUGGCAUUUCUCACUCUGUUCCGUGUAGCUACAGGAGACAACUGGAAUGGAAUAAUGAAAGACACAUUACGUGAAGACUGUGACAAUUCAGCUGAUUGUGUCAGAAACUGCUGUGUUUCGACAGUGAUAGCACCCAUCUUCUUUGUUAUAUUUGUUCUUAUGGCACAGUUUGUGCUUGUGAAUGUUGUCGUUGCUGUGCUAAUGAAACAUCUGGAAGAAUCACACAAACAGAUGGAAGAUGAAUUGGACAUGGAAGUGGAGUUAGAACGAGAACUUGCAGCAGAACAAGAAGAACUCCUGGAGGAAGAGCAGCAAGAGGAACUACAGCGCGUUCUAGAAAUGGAACUUGCAAUGUCGCAGCAACAACAGCAGCAGCAACAACAAGAGAUUCAGUUGCAGCAAGCCCACCCCACUCUCACUAGAGGUCGCUCUCUGCCAGCAGACUUCAUGUUCACAUCUCUUGAUUCUGCAGCAGAAACAGAUGAAGGAGUACGUGGUAUGAAUGAGAGGCGCAGAGAUUCCACUGAGCUUCGCAGCAGACGUGGAGCACAUAAUCGACGCCGGCAAACUUUUCACUCUCAUCAGGGGCCUCUUCUGCCUCCCAGCAUUCCUCCUGCAUAUCCUGCAACUGAAUAUACAGCUGUCUACAAAGCAGCCAGUGACAUCAAUACUGAUACAGUUGAGGAAAAUGCUGAAGAAGACUCGCCAAACUGGCUGCUGCCUCAGGUGAAAGAGAAAGCACCAAUACAAAGAACUGCAAGUGACCCACAUGAGGGGAGUAGAGGUCUGCUGGCAGUGCCUGGCUUGCGACGUAGUGAUCUGGGCAGCACACAACGUCUAGAGCUCCUGGUUGGCACCCAGUCGAGGAGAACUGACUGGGCAGAUCCAGAGUCCGUGACGCCAUCUGAUGAUAUUUCCCCUGACUGUGUAUCUCCAACAGCUACACUAAUACCCCCACCUUAUCGUGCAGCCACAGCAGAACAGUCUACUCUACAAGCCCCUGUUUUAGACAGAACUAUGGCUGGUCCACGGUUUUUAACUCCCUCUUUGACUUUAGUAACAGCUCAUGAUCUAAACAGAAGUGGAAGUAUGACUAGCAGCUUAAGAAGUGAAAACGUUUGUGAAUUAGCAACUGCUAUUCAGUCCCCACCAGCACUGUUAACAGAAAAGGCAGUGCAUACUCACUUUCAGUCCUCAUCAAAAGGUGAACAUGCAGAUGAUAGUCUUUCAAGUGAUGCCUCCAGUUUAGAAUUAACAAAUGUUACACCACUGUUUGUUACACACAGUGAAAUUACGGUAUCAGUUCCAAGUUCUUCAUCCUCAUCACACAGUGGGAGAAAAUCUCCAUCUACCUCCAGACCGGUCAUUGUAGGUGAAGUUACUGACAGAAUCAUUGUAGAUUGUGACAGUGUGGACAGUGAAAAGGAAAAUGUUUGUAAAAUAGAUAUAGACACAAGAGAGUGCAAAACAGAUAAGGAAUGUGAUGAUACGUGUGACCUUUUCCAAGUUUCAUUUGAGGUGGAUGACAGUGCUACCGAACCAAUUUACAGAAGUCUCAUUUCAGAAGACAGUAAAAGUGCUGGACACAGCAGUGAACCAAGAACAAUAUCCAAAUGACUUACGCAGUAAACAUUCUGGUCAAAAACUUAAUUAUGUAUUUAAUACUUUUGUUCAUAAUAAAUUUAGUUCAUAGUUUGUUACUGAAGUUUGAUUAAUUUCUUUUUAAUGGCUAACAGACACAUAUCAUAGUCGAUGUGAGUAAUAACAGUCACAUAGGAUGACAAUAGUAUCUGAGAGAAAAUGGAGGUACAUAGACUAUUUGCUGUUAAAAUUAGGUGAAAUCAGUACCUGUCAUUUCAAAAAGGGAGGUGCAUAAAAAUAGAAACAACAUUAAAUAGAUGUUCUGCUAAGAAAGACAUUACCAAAUUAAACAGCAAGCAUAUAGUACUCUCUUCUAAAACUUGGUUAUUUUAGUUUAAAAGAGUACUGAAAUAAAAGGAUCCUGAAAUGUUGCAAAAAUGUGUCAAAUAUUUUUAUUUUAACUUUUCCAUUUUCUCUUGCUUCUAACUAUUAAAACUCUCAUCAUCCAUAAUUAGCACCUCUUUGUAAAUUUCUGACAAAGAGAAACUGCAUAAACAAUACUUCAAAUUUAGUUAAAAUCAGAAAUGUCAGUAGGUUCUGUUACUUCCCAUGUCUGGCACAUUGUGCCUGCAAUGUUUGAACAAAAUGAUCCAGUACACAGGAACAGACAUGGGAACAUAAUUAGAACCUGUGACACAGGAGCCAAUAUGAUUUUAGUGACACAAGAAUUGUCUUCAUUAAGUUUUUCAUGCCUGUGCCAACGGGGUCUCUUCGUUUCUCCAUAAAAGUGUCAUUAGUAAUAUUAUUUUAAUUAUAAAUCAAGAAAAUGACAUUUUUAUCCUAAUUCAUGUUUAAAAAGAUUUUUGUAUGAUCAUUCAAGUUUCGAAAAGAUUUAGUAAUGUUAGUACAUCAAAUUCAAUUUUUGAAAGCAUAAAGUUUUUUAAAAAAGGUUUUGUGUUAUUUAUAUCAAAAGUCUAAUGCUGUUCAUCUAAAAUUAUGUUUCAUUUAUGAAAGGAAAACUGUUCAAAAAACUACACCUGUAUAAAAUUGUUUAUAAAAAUAUACAAUCAAUUUUUUGAUAAAUGAUUAGCAGUUGUUAAGUGUACAGUGUUGUUUUAAUCAUAAAAGAGUCUGUAUAAAAUGUUAUGUUGUAUAAAUUAUACAGCAUGAAUAUUUUAAUGAAUGGUAUUAAAAAAUAUGUUGUGACUGGCAUAAACAUAUAAUUGGUUCAGAUCUUUGACAGAGACUCAGAAUUUGCUGAAAAUGCUUCAGCUGACAAGUAUAACCCACACAAAAAUCAUAGUAAUAAAAAUUUAUCAUGAAUAUUUUUAGUAUUUGGUUGGUUCCCUCUUAAUUUUUUUAAUAGUUCUCAACAUUUUUAUUUACUAAUCUAAUUCUCAUUACUGACCACAUAUUAGUCAUU